AUGCUUUCGGCGUUUGGAAUCUCUUUCAGUUUGCUUGGCCUUAUGCUCACAAUAGUCGGUUUGUGUGGGAAGAAGAAAACGGCGGCCCGGUCCGUUCCCUCACCCGCGAAGCCGGUUCGCAAUCAGACCGAGAUCUCAAAACCCCCCGGAGCCGCGCCAACGCCAGCGCCGAACCCGCCCAAAUGUGAGGUAAGAAAAGCGGGGGGGGAUUUUUCGAAAAAAUCGGAUUUUGAAGAUAAAAAGCGACGAAAUAUAGUGUAAAAUACGCAUUGUCUUGUUUCCAGGACUAUUAAAAUUCCAUUUUAAUAUCAAACGACGAUAUUUUAGUCAAAAAAAGAUGAAAUUUGACCAAAAACAUGAGACGUUGUUAUGGAUAAUAUAAUUUUAUGUUUAUAAAUCGCUUCUAACUGUUUGAAUGUAAGUUCAAAUAUCAUUCUGAGCCUUUCCAGGGCAUUUCUCAACAAUUUCAACUCAUUUUUCAUCAUUUUCACCACCUAAAACAGAAUGCCAAAAUUGGCGGGAAUUUGAAAUUUAGAUUUUGGAAUUGAUUUUUAAAUCUUGGAAAUUGUAGAAUGCGGAUAAAAAGACUCUGUUUGUUAAAUUACUGACGAUUUUUUCAGGUUCAAGGCAGUAAAAUCGUUGAUAAUAAGGCAGCCAAGCCGGAGAAGAAGGAAGAAGGUGGAUGUAAGUCGAUUUUUAGCAUUUUUUUAACACUUUUUAUUAAUCUUUUGUCUGAUUAUUUAUUAUUUCCACUUAUUCUUCAAUAAGAAAGCAGUUCUGAGGGUCUAGCCCGGAAUUUAGCAAAUUCAAGUUUUCGUGUCGGGACCAAAAAUAAGUUUUUUGGAUUUUGAUGAAAUUUGGCAUAGAUGGAGAAGGAGACUUUUUAAGAAGGUUUUGAAAAUUUGAAAGUGAAAUUUAAAGAAUUCACUGAGAUAUAGACCGACAAAGUUUGAAAAAUUUUAAAUUUUUUUUUCGAAAAAAUUACAAUUCAGCCAUUUUUUCACUCAAAUAUCACUGAAAAACCCAUUUUUCAGCUGCUGACAAGCCGCCGGCCAAGGAGAAUGAUAAAAAAGCGAACGAAAGUGCGGAUGGCAAACAAGAGGCCAAGUCGAAAAAGGAAAAUUCGAAGAAAAAAUCGGUGGGAACAACUCAAUCGCCGCGCGACGAUCCGGACCCCGAACCGGACGGCCCGAACUCGCAGAAGACUCAAAUUUCCAGAACGGUCAAGGUCUGCCAUGACGACGACACCAUCAAACACGUCGAAUCCCUCAAGGAAGAUAAGAAUAAAUCCGAGUAG